AUGAAAGCCAUCUUCAGCAACUUCAGCAGGCGCGCCAACCUUGGCGCGGCGCAAGACCCGUCUGAGGCUGCCUAUAAGUCCAAGUCCGCAAAUGGCCCAUCCACCUCUUCAGCUUUGCAUCCCCGAGCCACAUUCUCUUCUUUCCACACUCCCAGCGGCGGCAUCGGUGACGCUCCUGCUUCUGAAAAGACGCCAUCCAACCAUCUUGCCUCCUCCAACACCUCGACUUACAAGUUUUCAAGCUCGUCUCGAGCAACGUCAUCUCAUCAACGCAAGCGCACAGCGCACGACAACGUCACUGCAUCCAGUUCCACCCACCCUCCCUCGAGCUACCGAGAGCUGUCCAGCCAGACCAGUGGUGCACAUGCAGUUACACGCGGCCUUGUGAAAAAGCUCUCCAUCGCUAGUAGGAGGCGCUCUUCUUACUCGAGCCUCCACGCUCCCACUCACGAGCAUCACCUCGCCGCCACCUCUGCCACUCAUGCUGGCUCGCACAGUAACCAGCCAAUGCAUAGCAAGGAGGCGCAGCCCUCGAUUCCAACUUUCAGUCAGACCUCUGGUCAGUUUUCGGGUUCCAGCAUCAAGAUGGCCGCCGUUGCCAAUCCCGAUACAUCUGUCAUGACCUCGACACAGCUGGCGGCGAGGCUCAACGAGCUGGCUGUGGCAAACGCCGAUGGCCUGCUCACCGAAGACGAAUAUCGAACGCUGCGUCAGGCAGUUUUUGACCAGAUGCUGACGACUGAUAGCCAAGCUAUGGCCAUACCGACAGAUCAUGCACGAGCAGGACUUGGCUUGCCCAGUCGUAACCAUAGCCCGGAUGCUGCUCGUACAGAUCCCACGCCGAGUGCCAACCACUUUCUGUCUGCAACUCCGCUCAAUGGCAGAGCCAGGCAUUCCGCAUCCUCUCUCGUCAACGGAGAUCAACCGACCCCUUCCAUUCACAGCGGUCGCAGCGGCAAGUCCUCGAACUUCCAGAGCGUCACUCAGAUUUUCAAAAGCAGUCCUUCGAAACCCAGAUCCAUGAACCAUCAAGGAAGUCGAGAUUCGCACUCGAGUCACGAGCGAGCUACCUCCACCCGGCGUGACUCGGAGGGCAUGUCGUCACAGCUGUCUAGCGGUGACACGCAUUCGCAGCGUGCCUUUUCCUUCCGCACUCACCAAUCAUCCGCCGCAAAGUCUUCGCGCAUGUCUGCACUCGGUCGUCUCAGAGCCAGCAGCCACGCACGACGCGAACAAGCCGACGUCACAUCGCGCCAGCUCGAAGAGGCUUUUUCCGCCGAACGCACCGCCCGCUCGUUGCGCUCUGUCUCGCUUUACGAUGCUGGCAGCGUUGAGCUAGCCAGCCUACGCGCUACUGCCUACGACAAGUCCUUCACAUCUUUGCGCGCCGAGAUGGCGCCAAUGACCAUGUUUGGCGCCGAGUACGCACACAAAUCGUCGUCGGAAAUUCAAGCAGAAAUUGGCGUGGUCCUAGCCGAAGGCAACCGAAUGCUUGCGACCUUUGUAACGCUUCAAGAGGCGCUUCUGGCCAGACACAACUCACUGGAUGCGCUCACGGUGAAAAGUGUCGUGGACACGGUGCAAGAAAUGAACCCAUUGGCGUGCGUCAAUGAGCUUGUCCCAUCCGAAGCGAUGCUCCAUUCCAUCUCCUCAUCGUCUUUGGCUUGUCGAGCAGCCCUUGCACCUCGUGGAACUGCAAAUCGCCCAUUGGCGUCCGAUUCCGCCGACGCUGUUGUCGCUGCGGAAAUUGCAAGCUUACAAGCCAAGCUGAGCACCAUCUACGCGCAAAAAGCGGCCGUGGUCAAACGAUAUCAGGAUCGACUCUCGUUUCUUGCCAGUAAGCUACGGUCAGCGGCCAUCCGCGAAGGCCUCAAAUGA